UAUGGCCUUACCAAUGUCAAGAGAGAAUAUAAAUGGUCUUAUUCACCCAAACCCAGGUUAUGGUGAUUGCAUAUCAAGAUUUAGAAGAGCAAAAACUGCGUAUCCAACUAUAGGAAGAAGAUAUAUAGAACCAUCAUAUAUGAAAAGGAACGAAGAUGAAUUCAUUCUGAGUGACCUGAAGCAAAGAGCGUUUGAAGCUUGGUCAGGAUCACAAUAUGAUGGAGAAACCACAUAUAAAAACCACUUUUCCAACAUCCAAAAUAUUGAACAGCCUUUAAAGAGGCCCACUUCAGCGACGCGGAAAAAUAACCCCCAUCCGCCUUUAGUUUUUUUGGAAUGUCGUCUUCAUCACGUGCCAGGCUAUCAUAAUGCAGACACAACAGUAGGAAGACCUGCUUAUAAAGUUGACGCCAGCACGACCCAAGCUGAACAAGAGCAUAGACAUGCUCUCCGUUCAAAAUUUGUUCCAGAAAGAGACCAGCAAGCUUUACUUCAGUACAAAACAAGUGAAGAUGAAAAUCUCUUGGGAAAAAUAAAGGAUCCAAUUGUGAAGCAAGCUGCUAGGGCUUGGAUGAAAGAAGCCAACAACGAUAUUAAACUGAGCACAAAAGAAGCUUUACGAAAUAGUUUGGAUGCUUCAAACUUGCAAGUCAGCAACAAUACAAAAAAGUAUGCUUCGAUCUGCAGAUUUGGAAAGUUUGCGGGCGCAGAGGAAACCGCAGUUCAAGAGAGAAUUGCUGGAGAAAGUAAAAGACCCCUAGCCGUUGACUUAACCUUAAAGAGAGAAAAAGAUAUAGAGAGCAUGGGUAAAUGUGAACGACCAAAAGGAAAACACCAAGUUACAAGAAGGGGUGAUUUUCUGCUACAUCCUCAGUGGCCACCUACUUUUAAACACCACAGGCUGAAUGGACUGAGUUCUGUUGAUAUUCCCUAUAGCUCUAACACCAGACCCACUUUUUAG